AUGAUUCGAUCGAUUUUAUUGUGUUUCGCUGUAUUAUUGGUCGAACGAGCUGACGCGAUGAUACCGGCCUACUCCGUGUCAGCGUUGCGUCUCGCAUUCGACGAGAUCGCGACGGUUUUACCAGUCGCGAACCAGCUCGCCUGCCUCCUGAUACCGUUCCUCAUCAACUUGAUCAACAACCUGAACAACCUCUCGAAUAUAGUGCAGAAUCUGACGCCGGCGAUACUGCCGUAUUUUGGUUGCACUCUGCCGCUGCUUUACGCUACACUGACGGAUCUGGCGAGCGUCCUCUUCCUGUACAUCAGCGUGUUGAUUUCGCUGUUUCGUUCCAACGUCCUCGCGGCUCCGGGUCUGCUGUUGGGGCUAGUGGUGCAGGUGUUAAACCUGGUGCUGACCCUCUUAAGCGGGCUGACAGACGGAAGCGGCUUGCUCAGUGGCCUGAUAAAGCUAAUAACGUGUGUCGUCGUUGAAUUGGAGAAGCUGUUAUUGUGA